GUUUUUUCGCAGGAGGGACUUCUUAAAGGGGCUGGAGCUGGACGUGCGAAAUGGCUGCGAAGGUGUUUGAAGGCCUUGGGAAGCUUGGCCUGGGGCUGGCAGUCGUAGGUGGAGUUGUCAAUUCUGCACUUUACAAUGUUGAUGCGGGCCACAGAGCUGUCAUCUUUGACCGAUUCCGCGGGGUCCAGGACACAGUGGUAGGAGAAGGUACCCACUUCCUCAUCCCCUGGGUACAGAAACCCAUCAUUUUUGACUGCCGCUCUCGCCCCCGUAACAUUCCUGUGAUCACCGGCAGCAAAGAUCUACAGAACGUGAACAUCACGUUGCGCAUCCUGUUUAGACCGGUGACUGCCCAGCUACCGCGGAUUUUUACCAGUAUUGGAGAGGACUACGAUGAGCGUGUCCUGCCCUCAAUCACAACCGAAAUCCUCAAGUCUGUUGUGGCUCGCUUUGAUGCUGGAGAACUGAUCACUCAGAGAGAGCUGGUCUCAAGGCAAGUGAGCGAAGACCUCACGGAGAGAGCGGCGACCUUCGGGCUCAUUCUGGAUGAUGUGUCCUUGACCCACCUGACCUUUGGCAAGGAGUUCACAGAGGCGGUCGAAAUGAAGCAAGUGGCCCAGCAAGAAGCAGAGAGAGCCAGAUUCAUUGUGGAAAAGGCUGAACAGCAGAAGAAAGCAGCUGUCAUCUCUGCUGAGGGAGACUCGAAAGCAGCUGAGCUGAUUGCCAACUCGCUGGCCACUGCAGGUGAUGGCUUGAUUGAGCUGCGCAAGCUGGAGGCAGCUGAAGACAUCGCGUACCAGCUCUCACGGUCCCGCAACAUCACCUAUCUGCCCUCUGGACAGUCUGUGCUCCUCCAGCUGCCGCAGUGAACCUGGCUCUGCAGCCAUAGCUGGCCUGGUCACCUCUACCUACCAGAUCAUCCCUUUCCAAAAGAAUCUUUGCAAUUUCCUCAUUGGUAAAAGCAGAGGAAAUUAAAAUUCAACCCAUUUUGAAUUCUUAAUCAAAUAAAACUGAACGCUCUUGACAACAAACCUGCAUUCCUCCCAUGUACGGUCAGAGCAGUGGCUCCACUGACCAUUAAGCUAGGUUUGAGAAUUGCCCCUUUCCAGGCAGUUUGAGCAACAGGAGCAGAGUUUUCAUCUGUUCACUCCUGGGACGAACAGGUAGCCCAGGUGACUCCCUGACCACAAGAGUGCUGUAUCAAUCCGGUUCCACAGCGAUGCUUCAGUGCCUUUAGGCUGACUGAGCCAGGGUCGUUACAGACUUGCAGGUCCUGGACUAUGGAACAGGGACGCUCAGGGCUCACUCUUCAGUCAAGCCAGUCUUUUUUCAGGUGUCAGCUGAGAGAAAGAGGACAUCUCAGCUGUUAGGACAGUGGCUCUGCUGUGCCUGUGUGAACCAUAGCACCGAUAGCUGGAGGCACAGAUCGAGUGGAUUGUGGCUGGGGGUGAGAAUAGCAGAGAUUCACUUUACAUAGUAGAUGGAUUUCAGGCAUGGAGAAGAUACUUCCUCUGCAGGAAAUACUUCUCACGUACAUGCCGGGAAUGGGGCAUCUCCACUUCUCCCCCCACCGCUGCACACUGAUCUGCUUGCUGCCGCUUGCCCUGUUGUGCAGCGUUGGUUCUUUCACCAACAUCAGUAAAAGUGGCAGUUGGCCUAUUCCAGAUGGCACCUGGGACAAAGAGGGGAUGACUCGGUGCUCCGUGGCUCAGGCAGUCGGAGGUGGGCAGAAUUCUCUGUUACAUCAAUGCUCUUUUUAUUUAGGGAAACUGAAUUGUGAGGAGGAUGUGAUGGGUGAGAUUGUAUAACCAGCCUUCAAUAAAUGUCAUGGUCCCAAGCG